CCGAUCCCCAAGGGUCAGCCCCGCUCCGCCCCUUUCUCAGCCAGAAAUAACCGCUACCCCGCAGCCAGACCUUGGCAUCCCAGCCGGAGCCCAGCACGGGUUGGGGCGAGCAGCAGGAGCUCGGGGUGCCAGCUGGGGCCACCCAACGCUGCUGGCUGAAGCCGCAGUGUGUCCUUGUGCCCAGCGCAGCCACAGGGCAUCCUCAGCCCCUGCUAUCACAAGGAAUCCCCUGGCCAGGUAGGGAACUGAGGUGCCGCGCUCGGGCCAAGGGACGGGUGGGUGCACGAGGCUUGGGGACAGCCCAGCCAUGGGGUCCUGGUGCGGUCCCCCAAUGGGAUGCAGCAGACAGGGUCGGGAGGGGGUUUGCAGAGGAGCAAGCUUGUCCCUGUCCCUCCGUGCUGCCGCCAGCUGAAGAUGGGUGAUGUUGGAGCCAGAGCUGGCAAAGAACCACGUGCCAUGCACCAUGGAGCCACAGCCGGGGGGGACCCGGAGCUGCCCAGGGCUCCUAGGGGAAGGUGACAGCCUGAAUCCCCACUCACCCCACAGGCUCGGCUCCUCGGCUCCUCGCCCUGUGGGGUCGGGGUUGCAGCUCCUGUGGCCAGCAGCUGAAAAUAGCUCUGCUGAGGCGGAGGGUGGGAGCAGCCAGGGCCCACGGUGCUGCUCCCAGUGGGGCUCAGGGGUGAGGACACCUCGCUGCAGGCAGAGCUAGGCAUAAUUCUGCCCUAAAAAAAAGACAAAAAGGAAAUCAGACAUGGGACAGCUCCAGGCUUCCCAAGCGGGAUGUGGUGGGGGUGAGAGGGAGAGGUGGCAGAUGCAAAGAUUGAGGUGGGCACACACAAACGCAGCUCUGCUCACAUGCAGGGCAUCCCCAGGGCUCUGAACAUCCCCAGUGCUGCUGUGGGGAGCAGCUCCUCGUGCCCAGCCAUCACCCAGGGCCGCCUCUCUCUUGCAGCGGUCCCCAUCCCACAUCUCUGCACCAGGAGCGCGGCAGCGGGCGAUGACCAUCAUGAAACCGGAUCCUGGAGACGCGCCCCAGCUGGACCUGGGCAAGAAGGUGAGCACGCCGCAGGACGUGAUGCUGGAGGAGCUCUCCCUCAGCACCAACCGCGGCUCCCAGCUCUUCCAGCAGCGGCAGAAGCGGAUGCAGCGCUUUGUCUUUGAGCAUCCCAGCGGCUACAGGAAGCCGUCGGGGCCAGCUGGUUCACAUGGCACCGAGAGAGGAGAAGGAGCAGCCAACGAGUGGACAGCUGGGAACGCCGAGGGCCAGCAGAGCUUUCACUCCGAGCUGCACGUGGCAGUGUCACCCCAUGGUGGCCCUCCCGAGGUGCCCAAGAAGACAGAGAAAGUCUUGCACAUGAUCAAAGUCCUCAAUCCAGAUUCUCUGGCACCAGGGUACUCAAGCCCCCUCAAAGAAGUGCCCCCGGAGAAGUUCAACAUCACCGCCAUUCCCAAGGGCUACUGCUCCCCGUGGCAUGGACACGUCGCUGACAAGGACAAGGCUGUGGGCAGCGAGAACUGGCUGCCCAUGAAACUCCCUCAUGGGGAUUUUGUAAACUUCAACAGGACUCCCACCCCGUUUGACAAAGCCCAGCUCAGCGACCUCUUCUACGUGCCUCCUGCCGAGCUGGACCUGAGCGUUCUGGAGGUGAUCUCCCGCAGACCCAACUUCAACAGAGUCCCGCAAGGCUGGGCACGGGUUCUGCCUGAGAGCGACGAGCUGUAGCACCCACGCUCCCUUCCCCAUCGCCACGGAUGCUUUUCUCGCUAGAGUUAACCGUACUUUGCACAGCAGGGGAGAGGGGAUGAAGUAUUCCUGCCUAGCACUGUGUGAAAGUCAAGCUAGUGGUCUCGGGUUGUCAUCCUUUUCCAUGGGAUUUGAACAAGCUCAGGUCUGGGACCAUUCUGAAUUCUCCCCAUGCCAGUCACAGUCACAAGGACACUUAGCGCUAAGCUGACCAGCCAAGUUCUCAUCGCUAAUGCCAGGAGAUCCCUGUAAGCUCCCACCCCCGUCACGGUACAAAAAUCCCGAACAGGCUGUCCUCUCCCCCGUGCUGUGGAAAAUGGCAGGACCACCAGCUGCAACGCACCCAGCAGCCUCACUGCUCCUUGCUGACGCACGCAAGACCUGCGCUGACAGGUGGCGUCUUCGCAGAGAAAUUCCAUCCCCAGGACAGCUCCCCGCCUGCCCUUCCGCUCAGGACAGCGAGAGGAGGUGAGCCCUCAAGAACGCCAGCACAACGAGUCCCCAGAGGCACCGGCGUGUUAAAUGCAGUUACCUGGGGCUGGGCUGGACAGCGAAAACAAACGAUGGACUGCUCACCUGCCUGUUUGCCAACACACGUACAGCACAUCCUGGAGACAAAGGAGGAGAAGGUCAAGAGUUGGAAAUUUGUGCCUUUUCCUUAAGCUACUGGCUAGCUACAGCUGUUAUUUUCUCCUCUUUGCUCCCAUCUGCGUGCCUUAAGAUCAACUCAAGCCCUUUUGAUCAACUUACGUCAGCUUGGCUUCGUACAGCUGGUCAGUAAGGAUCAGGCCCUGUUGGACCAGAUGCACUGCAGAGCUGCGUGGGUCACGGAUGUCUGAACACUACUGCCAGGGUACCCGAGCAGCUUCAGCAUCUGUAGGAAGGAAAAGCAGCACAGCCGUGCCCCCCAGGGCAACCCCAGGACUCUCCAUAACUGAGUAUCAGCGGUGAGGAUUUGCCUACAGGAAGUUUUCCAGCAGUGACAGGCAGUGGGGCACGCAGCUAACAGCAGUACCCAGCAUCUGAAAAGCCCUGCUGAGCGCUAACAAAAAGCUCUAACGCUUUCUACAACUGCUUUUGUCAAGUUCUUAAGGUCACCUUUGUUUAACCCUGUGAGAGAAGGAGCACUGGGAUGAAAGUUGUGGUUUUUUACACCACAGUGGUUGAACCAGACAAGUCAAUUUUGUUGUAAAACGCAGCUAACAGCUGCCUCACAAAAUACAUUUCUAAUCCUAUACAGACGGAUGCACAGAGGAAAUCCCAAACAGGGAUCCUGUUGCAGCAACACACCACUCGGGCAGGAAACUUGCCUUUCUCUGUCCUUUCCACAGAAGCACAAGGGGAUAAGCAACCGGGAAGAAAAAAGGUCUGCUCCUUUAACGUUAAAAAUUUACGACGCACAACGUCUGGCCUGUUCUAAACCCACCUCUCUUCCCUUUGUCCAUCAGCUGAAGAAAACGUGUACCUCUGAGGAUUUGGUUAGAAAAUAAAUUAUGUGUCAUCACGUAAAGCUUGCCUGAGAGUUCUGUCUGCAGUGCUCAUGGGCCCUGACUGGAACCCUGGGGCCAGAGCAGCAGCUGGCAGCACAGCCCUCCCAGUCCAGCAUGGCCCAGCCUCCCCUGACGCUGCCUUGGGCUGCCUCUUAUCUGAGGAGAGCCCAAAGCUCAGCCCUUUCUCCAGGGAAGGGCAGUCUGUGCCCCAGCUGUGCCCCUAGGGCCGUGCCACUGACACCAUCACCAACCUCCAGCAGCAUCAGUGCCCAGUGCCACUGGGUCCCACAGGUCAGAACAGAGAACUAGAAGCGUAUUCACUGUCACAGCCCACUCCGUAGCUGCUUUGGUGGCAGCUGAAUAAAAUCAAAGUCCUCAGGCAUCCUGCUGCAGGAAGCAGGGUCAAAGCAAAGUAUUGAAAAAAUUCACGUAUUUUAAUGUAUUUUUUUUUUAAAACAAGCAAAUGAGGCUUCAGAACAGGUCCCAGCAUGUUUUGCUUUACAGAAAGAUGUCCACAGAUCAAUUACACGGAAGCAGCAGACAUACAUAUCAUCUUAAAACUCUCUAGCCACGUGCCCACACAUCUUAUUCAACUGCAGGCUCUAUGGAAGACACAGAUGCUUCUAGACAUAUGCUACGGUUGGAGAAAAAAAAAA